ACCUUUUCUUAACUUCAUACUACAAUUUAGGAAUUUUCCUUUUUAAUUCGUUCAAAUAUUUUAUUUGUACCAAUUCUCAAAAUAAUUACAAAAUAGAUUAUAUUAACAAUGAAGGUGUUUUUAUUCCUGUUGUUGGUAUUUAUCUUUGUUGGUCUGGAAUUUGAUGUUGUCCAAAGUGGAACAAUGGUGACUGGUGCAGUUUUUUGCGACCAGUGUAAAGAUGGCCAAGUGUCCAUGUUUGAUUAUCCUCUCUCUGGGAUGAAGGUAAGUAUGGUAUGUUCAGGAAGUGAUGGAAAAAUGACAACAGUUGGGAAAGACACCACAAAUAUGUUUGGCAACUAUGGUAUAACAUUUGAUGGAACCCCUGAUUUGAGUACCUGUUUUGCUCAAAUUUCACCAAAUUCUAAUGUGGACCCCAGUAAUAAGUGUGGGGCUAUUCCAGGCUCACCUAAAUCAGUUAAACUUAUGUUUAGCAUGUUUGAUAUGGCAAUGUAUACUGUUGAUCCUCUAAUUUCUCAGCCUGCUCAGCCUAUGUCUUCUUGUUCAACCCCUUCAUCACCUCCUACUUCUCCUAGUCCAGUCACCUUACCACCUCCUACUAGCUCGAAUCCACCACCGAUGGGACCCAUCGUUCCGGUCACUCCAUCGGCUCCGCCCAAAGCUCCGGCACCGGCUUUUCAGCUUCCACCUAUGAUUCCCUUGCCACCAGCACCGUUCUUGAGAAGUUCGGCAUGCUCAUAUGAUUAUUGGAUGAAGGCAGAGUACAAAUGCUACUGGAGAGCAGUAAAGCCAGAAACAUCAGUAGCAGAAGUAUUUGGUCCAUUAGCAGCCCAAAAAUAUGGGAGUGACAUAACAUUAUAUGCAAGCCUACAAGGUAAGGGUGACCCUUACAAAACCCUCUUAAGGGAAUCUGUAACUGCACUUCUCAACUCUUGGAAUAGCAUGCGUUUUCCUUACUUUGCACCUCAAGUUCUUCACCACUUCAACAAGGCUUUAAUGUCUGAUUCUACAUCUAGUGUGCUUCAAACAGCUUUGAAGUUCAGGAGGGUUAAUACUGGAUCUCCUUGCAAAUUUGAAACUUGCAAGUCCUGAUUAUAUAUUAAUCAUACUGUUAUAUAUAUAAUGUACUGGAGUAUUUUUUAAUAAUUGUAUUGUUAGGUACUUUUGAUUUACAUAUAUUGUACUUAAUUUAGUUUAUAAUUUAUAAGAGUUCAUCUUCGUAGUA